GUUAAAAACACAGCAGUCAGUCGGUCAGACACAGGCGAGACAAGGCAAAUUGCGACAAAGCGAUCAGAUGGAUGCACAUUCAGAACCUUGAAAGAAUCGAUAAAGAAGAGACAGUUUUUGACUGCUGGGGAUUUUUUUGGGCCGUUUAAAAGAACGAUGGCGUCGGACGAGGAGGAACUUUCUCGAACAAAAGAGGAGAACGAGCGACAACAACUGGAGGUUUGCACGGCUUACGACGUGCAAAACAUUGAAGACGUCCAGCAGAUGUUUGGUCAAGAAGAACAUCUUCCUCGGCCGCAUGGGGGGAGCUCCACUUUGGAGCAGGAGGACCCGUACAUUAAAGAGGAAGAGGAGGAACUCUGGACCACUCAGGAGAAAGGGUGUCUCCUAAGGCCGGAGGAGGCUGAUCUCACAAGGUUGCCACUGACUGUUGUUUCUGUGAAGAUUGAAGACCAUGAAGACAAACCAGCCGAGUCCUCACCGCUUCAUCACAGUCCAGACGUCCAGCAGCUGAUUGCUUGUCAAGAAGAACGGCCCCUUCAGCCGCAGGGGGGAAGGUCCACUUUGAAGCAGGAGGCGCCACAGCCCGCCCACGUUAAAGAGGAAGAGGUGGAACUCUGGAUCACUAAGGAGGGAGAGUGUCUUCAAAGACCGGAGGAGGCUGAUCUCACCAAGUUGCCACUGACUAUUGUCUCUGUGAAAACUGAAGACCAUGAAGACAAACCACCUGAGUCCUCGCAGCUAGAAGCUGAUGGAGACCACUGUGGAGGAUCGCAAGCAGACAACCUCUUAGCUCCACUAUCAGAUAGUGACGACACAACAUUGCACGACAAUGUGACAGGACAAAAACCUUUUAGUUGCUCACUGUGUGGUAAUUUAUUUUCUCGGAAGUACACCUUAAAGAAUCACAUGAGAACACACACUGGAGAAAAACCUUUUAGUUGUUCAGUUUGUGCAAAAGGCUUUUCUCAAAACUGUGUUUUGACGCGACACAUGCGGACGCACACAGGAGAAAAACCCUUCAGUUGCUCAGAGUGUGGUAAAAAAUUUUCUGAAAAAGGAAAGAUGCUGUCUCACAUGAGAACGCACACCGGAGAAAAACCUUUCAGUUGUUCAACUUGUGGCACAAGAUUCACUUCCAAAAGUAAUAUGCAAUCACACAUUAGAAAACAUACAGUUGAAAAACCCUUUAGUUGCUCAGUUUGUGCAAAAGGCUUUUUAAAAAACUCUGAUUUGACUCGACACAUGCGGACACACACAAGAGGGAAACAUUUCAAUUGCUCACACUGUGGUAAAACAUUUUCUCGAAGGGGAAAGAUGCUGUCACACAUGAGAUCGCACACAGGAGAAAAACCUUUUAGUUGUUCAGUUUGUGGUAAAAGAUACUCUUGCAACCGUUACAUACAAUCACACAUGAGAACACACACAGGAGAAAAACCUUUUAGUUGUUCCGUUUGUGCUAAAAGAUUCUUUUCAAAACGUAACAUGCAACUUCACAUGAAAACGCAUGCAGUAGAAAAACCCUUUUGUUGCUCAGUUUGUGCAAAAGGCUUUUUCCAAAACUCUGAUUUGACUCGACACAUGCGGACGCACACAGGAGAGAAACCCUUCAUUUGCUCAGACUGUGGUAAAACGUUUUCUGAAAGUGGAAAGCUGCUGUUACACAUGAGAACGCACACAGGAGAAAAACCUUUUAGCUGUUCCGUUUGCAGUAAAAGAUUCUCCUCCACAAGUAACAUGCAAACACACUUUCGAACACACACUGGACAAAAACCUGUUGCUUGUUCAGUUUGUGCAAAAGGCUUUCUUAAAAACUCGGACUUGACUCGACACAUGCGGAAACACACAGGAGAAAAACCUUUUAGCUGUUUUAUUUGUGGCGAGAAAUUUUCUUGCAAGUCCUCUUUGAAUAGGCACAUGCAGAAUCACUGAUGGUCUGCUGUUUGACUUCCAUGCAGGCAAGGCAGUGUGUGUAUCACAUAAGAAUUCAAGAACUCAAAAGACUUUAAAGCUGAGCUACAGUGGAGAGCGUCUCUAAUGUAUUUUGUUGAUAUUGUAUUUCGUUCUGAGGCCCGUACUAUGAAACAGUGUUAAUUUUGUGGCAGUUCAUAUGUACAGUAUGUAUUUGUUCGCUAAUGUGGUAACGCAUUUAUGUAGUCAACAAUUUUAUGCCAGCUUCCUCUCUUGCAUUUAGCAGCUGCAACCGUGUUUUCACCUGGCAAGUAUAACAUCUUUAUAGUCGUCAUACUUAAUGUUAUGUACUGUAGUGGAUUAUGGCAUGCUAUAGCAGUUCAAGUCUCAUAGAGGGCACUCGUGUACUACGCAUCUGAGCAUUAGGUGCAGAGGUUCUUAUGUCAUUGUAAAUAUGAUCAGAAACGCUUCCUGAGACUGCUAUUGUGUAGUUUCCUCUUUAUUGUUUAUUGAGAUACCACCCCUAAGCACCUACACUCCAUACAGCUUUAUCUGCACCAACAAGCAAGAAUAAAGACUGUGAAAGGGCAAGCUGGUAAUCACUCUUCCUUGGAGUUGUAGCACACCAGAGAUUGCACACCACGUCCCCAACAUGAAGUGUAUGAACAGCACGACAUGACUGACACCCCUGCCGUAAACUUUUUCCAGCGAGGUCCACAGAGUGAAAAAUGAAAUGAUACAAUGAUGCAAAGCUGCAUCUCAGCUUUGUCAUUCAAAUAGAUGAAAAAAGCCUAUUGUUCGUUUGGACUUUGCUUUUUUUUUAUCCACAUUUUUUGUUUCUUUAAGUUUCAAAA